GCUAGGGAAUUGGAACCUGGCUGGGAACGCAACCCCUGGAUCUCGGCUUACGGAGACCUGAAACUCCCAUUUUUCUCCUCCUUCCACCCCUCUCCACCCCGAAAACCAUUGAGGAAGGAAGGUUCACGUAUUCUUUUUUGCGCGAAGCGUCCGUCCAUCUUCGUUCUCCUCUUCGCCCCCUCCUUCGAUGACAACGACCAACGGCUCCCCUUCUUCCACCUCUUCCGCCACCAUGUCUUCUUCUUCUGAAGCCAACAAUCCUGGCCGCAACCCUAUUCCUAACCCGAACCCUAACCCUGGUUCCAGCUCCAGCAACACGAUGCAGUCCUGGUGGGAAUCCGUCUCCAAGGCCCAGUCCCGUAUCCACGCCCUCUCCUCUCUCCUCGCUUCCCCUAACCUUAUUACCCUAGCCGAAUCCGACCGUCCUGCUCGCUCCCUUCUCAACUCCAGCGAAGCCUACCUCGCUGUCUCCGCCGCGCUUUCACACACCUCCUCUGGGUCCGGUGACGACCCACUCUGCCAGUGGCUCUACGAGACUUACCAGUCUUCAGAUCCCGACCUCCGCCUCGUUGUCCUCUCUUUUGUUCCCCUCCUUUCCGGCCUCUACCUUUCCCGCGUGGUCACCUUUUCUGUCUCAUCUGCAUCUGGUUCUGCACCUUCCCUUGCUGGUUUCGAAGCCGUACUUCUCGCGCUCUAUGGCUCUGAGGUCAAGGCUCGGUCGGGCAAACCCCUCCUUAUCACGGUUCAGGAUCCAUCACAGCCUUCGCUCUACCACACUCCGCCAAAAGGCUCCGCUUCCUCACAUAAACCGACCAUUGGUGUGCUCUCUCCGCCUUUAGAGCCGCAGGUCGCCGUAAAAUCCACUAAACGAGCUUGUAUUGUUGGAAUCGCUCUUGACUGCUACUACAAAAAGAUAUCUCUUAUGCCUCCAUGUUCUAAGAUUGAUUUAUGCGAGUUUGUUUCGUCAUGGGCUGGCCAAGAUUGUCCGUGUCGCUAUGAAUUUGAUGAUGAUGUGGAUUUCUCCUCCUUGCCAGAGAUGAGGAACUCUGGUGAAGAUGAUGGAGGUUUUGAGAAUGCAUCUGAGGAGAUGGGUAAGUUGUCCAUUCAAGAUCGUUUGAACAGAGAAUGCAACUGGGAGGGGGAUGAAAGCACUUCACGAAGGGGGUCAAGAGUUCCACUGCCUUGGGAGCUCUUGCAGCCGGUCCUAAGGAUUUUGGGUCACUGUCUUCUAGCUCCAUUGAUUCCACAAGAGGUGAGGGAUUCCGCUUCAGCUGCUGUACGCUGUGUUUAUGCACGAGCAUCGCAUGAUAUAACACCCCAAGUGAUUUUGGCUGCUCGGAGUUUGAUCCAGCUGGAUAAGAGUACGAGGAAGAAUGCCAAAGAUGCACUGAUGUUUGCUGCACCUGGGCCUACCUCAAAUCCAAGUACUCCAAACAAACCUAGGAAGCCUGAGGUUCAGACUCACAUUUAGUUUGCCCAAACACACACAAAAGAACAUAUUUUGCCCUUCACCCAUGGCUCGCUAGGUCUCGCAUUCCUCCUGUCUUCUCACAUCAAGCUGUUUGGAACUCUCCCUUCUGUUUUCGCCUUAGUCCUCAUGCGAUUACGCUUCAUGCAGCCUUCAGGAUCACAAACAUUGACAUGAUUUUACACGGAGAGCUUCUUUCCUUCAUUCUGACGCCACCAGCUUCGGUGAUACUUCUCUUCAACUAUUAUGACUCUUCUCUCUAGUUUAUGGAAAUUCAUUGUUUUUAUUUUUGAUAACUAUAGUGUCUGGAAUGGUAUUGGUUUAUAAAUAUGGUAUUUUAGAUGAUUGCAGCAAAUAGGAAUUUUAGUUCUCAUUUUAUUUAUGUUAUUAAUGUAGAUUUAGAA